GUUAGUGCCACCUAUAUCAGAUUGCAAACUGUAUGUUCAGAGAAGUGAUAUUUCCUACUGAAUAGAAUUCUGGAUAUAAAGAUGUUCCUCAGAUCUAUUGCUGACUUGCUGCUGGCUGCUGUUCUGCUGAACCUGCCUUUGGCUUUAUCCAAACAAGUUUAUACAACAAGCUAUGGUGGGACUUGCAUAGGCCCCUGUGCACGAGAAAACACAGAAUACUAUUGGUGCAAACAGAAAGAUGGCAAUACUGGAUGGUGGGAUCACUGCUCCCCUGAGGAGGGUUAUGAUUCCUACUAUAGGCAGUGUUUAUCAGCUUGUCAGAAGGUUAUGGGUUCCGACUAUGAGCAGUGUUUUACAGAUAAUGGUUGGAGUAAAUGUGGACGUGUAGUUGAAGAGUUUGAGCGUUACUAUACCUCAGAUAAUGCACUUUGUGCAAGUGAGUGUAGACUCCAUGAAGAUUACUUUACAUGUACAGACACAGAUGGAAAUUUAGGGAAAUGUUCACCAUUAAAUGAUCUAACUGCAAAAGGAGUGCCGUGCCGAAUUGAUAACCCAUGUGAUUCCCGCGGUUAUAAUUACACCUGGUGCUACACAGAUACCAAUAAUAAUUGGGAUUACUGUGGGAAAGUCAUUGACGACUGUGAUCCAACACGGUAUAAACUUGCUAAUGGGGAUGAAGAGAUCUGUAGAGUAAGAGAUACAGGAAAUAGACGUGAGUUGGUACUAACAUCUGUCCGACUGCCUGAUACUGAUUUACGCCAACCAACACGAGCACAAUAUACAGAAGCCUCCCAUCUCAUCAACAGAGUUAACGCUGAGUUUUGUUUUCCCAAUAAUGCCCGUAUUGUUGCCUCUUCUGAUAAUAUUAGACUGGAUGUGCAAGGAACACAUGAGCAUGAUGGAGUUAGGUAUCUGAAUGUACAACUUCAACUAAAUGAGGGAAGGGGGGGAACCUUAACAACACAUUCCACAACCAUCGCUCAAAUCCUUUUCCCACAGGAUCUAGACACUGCUGUCUUUGCCAGAUACAUAAGAAGAGCCCUGCACACCAGCAUGCGUGGCGCUUACCAUAAAUCUCCUGUAAAGAUUAUCAUAGCCAUGAACCGUAUAUAGCAUGGCCAUAUCAUGUAAUCUUUUGCUUAACUAUAUACAC